CUCAUCACGCAUUGCCGCGGAAAAAAAAGCAAUUUGAAUUCAGAUAAACCCUAACCUUCAAAUCGGCGAUCAAUUCCCCCAAAUUGCAACAACUGUCGAGAUUCAGAUUGCGCCAAAUUUUGUUUUUCUAAUCGUGAAAUGGCUUCUUCAAUCAGGCCUGAGACUCGAUACGCCGCCGCCGAGGAAGCGGACGCCUCAUCAUCCUCCGAAUUCACGGCGGCGGGAGACCUUAGCACGAAGAACGGGUACGGGAAAAUCAACCUCGGAUUCACGGUGAAGAAGUUCGUGGACAGCAGAAUGGCGAGCAGGAACCCUAAAUUGGCGGAUAUUUUUGGGGAGGAUUUGAAGAAGGCGGUGAGAAAGGGGGCUGAAUUUGGCGGUGGUCUGCAAAAGAAAUUUGCCAAUUCGAAAAAAGAGGAGCAGAGUACGAAGAAGGCGUUAACGGAGGUGAAAUCGAAUACCAGAACAUUGGGGAUGGUGCUGAGGAGUGAGAGGGAGCUUCUGAGUAAGAACAAGGAGCAAGAGGAGUUGAUUUUUCAACUGAAAUUGCUGCUGGAGCAGAAGAUCACUGAGGUUGAGAAACUGAAGGAUUUGUGCUUGAAGCAAAGGGAAGAGAUUAAGUCUUUAAAGAGUGCAUCGAAUUCACACGAUCUAGAAAUAAUGGUGGUGAAGCAAGGUUGUGAAUUGAAACAGGCUAAAGAACUCAUUCCCAGUCUCCAAAAACAGGUCACUUCACUCACUGGACAAUUGCGCUGCCUCGCCGAUGAUCUUGCCGAGGUGAAGGCAAGAAAAUGCUAUGGGAGAGGGAUAUCCAUGGAUCAAGAUUGGGGGACUGAUUCGACCACCUCGGCCUCUUGUUAUCGGGUUGAUGAUGGAGCUGAUUCUCUGGAAUUCUGCUCUGGAGGAGAUUAUUACACUACUCCAGAGGAUGAAAUGCUUGUCAAGGAUUUGAAUCCCUGUCUCACUCCUUACACCACAAAGUCUUCUUCUUCCCUGUUUGAUGACUGCGAUUCCCCCUGGGGAGGGUAGAUCGAAUCGAAGUAACAUAGCCUGUAUACACAGUCGAUAAGAGUUUUCUUGGAUCAUCUUCCUGUCUACACAAAACAACUCAUGGGAAUUUUAUAGCAUUAUGCUUGCAAAGUGGC